UCGUCUGCUGGAGAGCACAGCACAGGAACAGAGAGCCUGCCAUCAUGGGCCUUCUAUUCAGCCGGAUCCAGCAAGCCUUGCAGGGUUUCUAUGGGAUGGAGGCUCGUAUCCUCCUCCUGGGCUUAGAUGCCGCGGGCAAAACGACUCUCCUCUAUCGGCUGAAGCUGAACGAAACUACAAUGACUAUCCCCACCGUGGGCUUCAACGUGGAGACGAUCCAGCCCAUCAACAAUGUCACUUUCACCAUGUGGGACGUAGGUGGUCAAGACCGGAUCCGGGUACUUUGGAGACACUACCAUGCCAACACAGAUGGGCUGGUGUUCGUGGUGGACAGUGUGGACAGCCGUCGGUUUGAGGAGGCCCGGUUGGAACUGGAGGCCCUGCUGGAUGCCAGCCUGCUGCAGGGAGUGCCCUUGGUGCUGCUUGCCAACAAGCAAGACUUGCCUGGAGCCUGCCCCCCCCAGCAGAUGGCCGAAGAGAUGGGCCUGAGGAAGCUGCGAGGGAAUCCGUGGCACGCACAGGGCUGCUGUGCUAUGAGCGGGGAAGGGAUCCCGGAGGCCAUGACGAAGUUGUCCGAAAUGGUCAAGCAGUAUCGCGAUGCCCGGGGGACGUAAUCGGCUAAAAGGUCUACUAGCUGGACUUCCAUCUUGCAUGGCAGACUUCCGAAUUCCUGCCCGUCAGUGACCACCUGAUCUGGCUGCAAUUCUCUGGCUGUUUAAUCUGCGUAAAGGCAAGUUGACCUCAUCUGGCGCGUAAGCGGUUGCUUGCCACUGUGGGACAUAUGAGAAAAUGUAUACUAUCGUCUCAGGUGCUUUUUGGACACAGCUACGCAGUACUGUCUGUUCUCUGGAGUUUCUUUCUUCACCCAUUGCAGGGAUACAAUACCAAGCUGAGGACUCCAAAACUUUAAGGAUCCCACCCAGAAGAAUCAACCUUGGACUCUUGACUAUAGUAAUCUAUUUUGUUCUUUGACUCUUGAUUAUAGUAAUCUAUUUCGU